AUGAUUCCUUUCACAUCUGGGAAGUGCUAUGACCGUUUUCCUAGCAUGUUGUUCACCUACAGGGUGGUAAUUGGGAGAUCAUUCUGUCAAGCUCAUCGCGGAUCACUAAUGGCAGAAAAUAGGUCAAAGGGAGCUAAAAAUGCUAUCAAAGUUGUUCACGAAUCUAGUUUAACCAGUAAGGAACAGAGAGAAAAGUCUAAAGAUGAUGAAACACCUGCAUGGAAGAUUCAAAAGAUGGCAAUUUCGAAGAAACUCAAAGGACAAAGGUGGAAUCCAUCAAAGAGGCUUUCACGAGAGGAGAUGGAAGGUCUUCGACUUAUAAAGAGUCAAUUCCCACACUUGAAUGCCAGUGAAUUGGGGCAACAGUUUAAAGUAUCACCGGAAGUCGUUAAAAGGAUUUUAUCAUCGAAAUGGAGACCCACAGAGGAUGAACUGGGUAAACUGCAGGACCGAUGGAAACAGAGGGGUGAAAGGAUCAAACAGAUGUUUGAUUCACAUCAAAUUCAAGAAAAACCAUUAGUGGUACCGAAACGAAUAGUAAUAAACACGUUGGGUAGCUCGCCUAGUGUAGUAGCGACCACAAGACCCAGUAAAAAUGCGAAAUCCAACAAAAGAACUAAAAACAAAUUGCACCUUUUGCAACAACGGGAGCAUGAUCAUGAGCAUUCUGAAUAG